UCCUGUUUGGCUGGAUUGGAAACGAAAUGACAACAAACGGUUGAAAUGAAUUAACACGUAUGGUUCGCUGACUUCAUUCACACACAAUUGUUUUUCCUAAUUCACAAGUGUAUUUUUAUGUAUGUAUUUAUUUAUUUUUUGCCCAAUCGCAAUUCAGAUAGGGCUACAUGGCGGGGACAAAAAGAAAGCUGCCAGCUUCUUUGGCAAUUUCCUCUGAACACCCCGAAUCUGCGAAUACAUUUCCAAACCAAACGCAAGCGAAACGCAAAAUGUCACCUGCCAAGCUAAAAAAGCUAGUCAUAAGUGAAAAUAUUUCAAAUGUGACGGCGGAACAAAGCCAGUAUUUCACCAACGACCUGCAGCACAGACUGGGAGAGGAUUUUUUCCAGCAGCCCUGCAUCCGUUUAGCUAAAGCACUCCUGGGAAAGGUUCUGGUCCGCAGGCGUUCAGAUGGCACAGAGCUGCGGGGGAGAAUCGUGGAAACCGAAUCCUACCUUGGAGGCGAGGACAAGGCCUCCCACUCAGCUGGAGGCAAACGCACCGCCAGGAACUUAGCCAUGUUUAUGAAGCCGGGAACCAUUUACGUCUAUCCCAUCUAUGGGAUCUACCUCUGCAUGAACAUCUCUAGUGAAGGGGAAGGAGCCGCUGUGCUGCUGCGUUCUCUGGAGCCCCUGCAGGGUCUGCCUAUCAUGCGGGAGCUGAGGGCAGCCAGACGUAGAGAGAGCGCCCGCCAGCUGAAGGACAAAGAGCUCUGCAACGGGCCUUCGAAGCUGUGCCAGGCUCUAAAUAUACCCCGCUGUUUCGACCGGCGAGAUUUAGCCUCAGAUCCAGAGGUGUGGCUGGAGAGGGAUCCAGACGAAAGUCCCAUAAAUCCCCAGGAUAUAGUGUCAGCGCCGCGCAUCGGGAUCGAAUCCCACGGGGAGUGGGCCAAGAAGCCUCUGCGGUUUUAUCUUCGCGGACAUCCUUGUGUUAGUGUUGUGAAUAAAGCAGCAGACGGGCGGUCUGGAAACGUCGUGAAGGAUUUAGGACCCUCAGAAGUGCAGUCUGGGACAGAACGGCCCGAUGUGAGAAGAACCAAACAGGACUAAUCCUGAAACUACUCUCCCAGUUGUUUCAUUUAUAAGUGAAAGCCAGACAGUUUUAAACAUAAAAAAACAGUUACAAUUGUAAUAGAUUACAAUAAAAAGUUGAACAAA